AUGAUUGGGCUUCCUGACGAAAAUUCGAAGAAAUCGAAAAAAUACGGUGCCGUAUCAAUUGCCGCAAUUGUAGUGGUAAUUGUGUUCUUCAGCACUAACUUGUUCGCUUGGAGCAAGAUCCUCCUCUUGGGCCAGGACACCGAUAUCUGUCCCAUUGUGAAAAUAGAAAGACCAGAGCUGUUCUACAAGGACAACUCCACGGUAACCAACAUUUUGCAAGGUGACGAAUUUAGGAAAGUUUCAGCCGAAAAGCUCCUGAAAGCUGUUCAGGUCGAUACUCAGAUCUACGAUGAUCCUCCAGAAGUGGACUCCAACCCAGAGUACUGGGCCAAGUUUAAGAAGUUUCAUAAGUACUUGGAGAAGACUUUCCCUACUGUCUACGAGCACUUGGAAGUGAACACUGUCAAUACGUAUGGCCUAGUUUUCUAUUGGAAAGGUUCAAACUCCAAGCUCAAGCCAUUGAUGUUGACCGCUCACCAAGACGUUGUUCCCGUUCAAGAAGAAACCUUGGGAGACUGGUCACACCCACCAUUUGAGGGUUACUUCGAUGGAAAGACCAUGUUUGGACGUGGUGUGUCGGACUGCAAGAACGUGCUUGUGUCGAUCAUGGAGACGUUGGAGAUUUUGAUCAAGCAAGACUUCAAGCCUGAAAGAGGUAUCAUUGCUGCUUUUGGUAUGGAUGAAGAGGUAUCAGGCUGGCACGGCGCUCUGCACAUCGCAGGCUAUUUGGAGGAGAGAUUUGGCAAGGAUGGUAUCUAUGCCAUCAUUGACGAGGGCGCCGGUCUCACUAAGGACCCUUUCACUGGUAACAUUAUUGCCAUGCCUGGUACUGGUGAGAAAGGCUACGUAGACGUCGAGAUAUCUCUUACAACCCCUGGUGGCCACUCAUCUGUUCCACCAGAUCACACCUCAAUCGGUAUAUUGUCUGAAUUGGCCUAUGUUAUCGAACAGGAGCAGUAUGAGCCAGUUCUCACCGAAUUGAAUCCUACCUUGCAUAUGUUGCAAUGCCAGGCUGCCCACGACCAUAGGAAGAAAAUUCCAGGAAUUUUGAGGAAGCUGAUUUUGCGUGCUGGUUAUGACAAGGUUGCUAACUCGUUCGUGCUCAAACAAUUAUCCAAGAUCCCCUCUCUCCGUUACUUGAUGCAAACCUCACAGGCUUUGGAUAUCAUAAGCGGUGGUGAGAAGAACAACGCUUUACCUGAAAACGCCAAGUUAUUGGUCAACCACAGAGUUGCAAUCGAGAAAAAUGUAGACUCUGUCAAGGAAGCAAUCACCAAAAAAGUGUUGGCUGUUGCAAAGAAACACGAUGUGGGUCUCAAUGCAUUUGGUAAAAAGUUGCUUGAGCCAACUGCGAAGGGCAACUUUGAUGUCCACGUAUCGGGUAAGUCUACGGAAACUGCACCUGUGACUCCAGUUGGCGAUGAGCUUUGGGGUUAUGUGGCUGGUGUAACAAGACAUAUUUUUGAGGACUAUGUCUUCACCAACUUGACUGACCCUGUUGUGGUUGCACCUGCAAUCAUGACUGGUAAUACCGACACCAGACACUACUGGAACUUGACUGAUCAUAUUUACAGAUACAGCCCUAUGUUUAUGUUGGACUUCUUGAAGGACACCAACGUUCACAGCGUUGACGAGCACAUUGAGUUCGACAACCAUUUGCGCUUGCUUGCCUUUUUCUAUGAAUUCAUCCAGGUAGUGCAGCAGUAA